AUGCGACUGGAUAAUCCAUCUGUGCCAGAAGGAACCCUUGAGGCUGAACAGGAGGCCUUUAGGUGGUCCGAGGUUGUCCGAGGUGUACUGGACUUGAGAAUGUGGCUGUCAGCAACAGCGUACUUUGCUAUCUUGUCCGGGUUAUACUCUUUUGGUCUUUUUCUACCUACCAUCAUUAAGGAAAGCGGCUUUGCGAACGAUGCGAACAAGGUGCAGCUUUGGACUGUUAUUCCGUACGCUGUCGCGGCUGUAAUCACAGUCGUUGUGGCUCUCGUCUCAGACCGGCUGCAGCUUCGCGGUGUUAUCAUGCUGUUUACCCUGCCGAUUGCAAUUGCAGGUUACGGAGCAAUUGCCAACAUCGAGUCCGCCAAAGUCAAGUAUGGGAUGACCUUCCUCAUGGCCACGGGCAUGUACAGCAGCGUCCCAUGUAUCCUCGUUUGGAAUUCCAACAACUCCGCUGGGCAUUACAAAAGGGCCACUACGUCGGCAAUGCAGUUGGCAAUAGCAAACUGUGGAGGGUUUGUUGCCACAUUCAACUAUCCUGACAAGGAUAAGCCAGGUUACCAUCGAGGUCACACAGUAGUUCUCGGCCUGCUCAUAUUCGCAUGGGUCAUGAUCCUAUUGAAUGUCUUAUACUGCGCUAAAAUCAACAGAGACAAGGCGCACGGCAAAUAUGCACAGUAUAUAGGAUGUAACGAUGAUAGGGAUCCACAAUUCAAGAUGGUUCUGUGA